GCGUUCAUGUUUUUCGCUCAUAUUUGCAAUUCCCCAUCAAGUUUUCUUUUGUGCCAGAAUGGCGUCUCUAAAUCCUCAUUUCGCGAAGGAACGUUUGGUUUCUGUCGGUAGCUGAGAGUUUUGUAGAGAAUUAAUUAUAAAAGGUGUCGUUUUAUCUUAACCCAGUAGUGACACUCCUGCCAGUAACCGCUUUUUUACAGAUAAUGUCAAAAUCAGUCAUUAUUGUUUUUGGAAACAUAUACAGUAUAUUCACCAACAUACAUGUGGAGUUUCAACAUUAUUGAUGCUUCAAGUGGGCAUCUUAUUGUUAACCCCACUCUGGGAACACACACAUACAGACACUGAUAGGGACUGUCCAUGCCUAAAAAUUCUGAACUGAAGGAUUCUUUUGAAUUUAAGGUCUACAAAAAAUAUGAACCGUGCAGUUGCCUUGGUUUGGACCUUUACAGAGUCUACGUCAACUUCCUGGUCAUCCAAAAAGCUUUGAAGGCCAAUGGAGUUCCCGUUGCACAGCGGGAAGGUCUUGGAGCAGCUCAACAACCAGCGCAAGCAGGGCUUGUUGUGUGACUGCACAUUUGUUGUGGAUGGAGUGGACUUCAAGGCCCACAAGUCUUUGCUGGCAGCCUGCAGCGUCUACUUCCGUACCCUCUUUCUGGACCAGAAGGAUGUGGUGCAUCUGGACAUCAGCAAUGCCGCAGGUUUGGCCCAGGUCCUGGAGUUCAUGUACACAGCCAAGCUGAGUUUAACUACUGACAACGUGGAGGAUGUGAUGGCUGUCGCCAGUUUCCUGCAAAUGCAAGAGAUUCUAAAUGCUUGCUCCCUCUACCAGUCAGGGGCUAAUUCAGCUCCGUGCCUCGGAGUCGUCGCGCUGGAUGUUCCUGAAGGCGAAAAAGCCGGGGAUGGACAACUGAGAGAAGACUGCGACAGUGACCUGGCAGAUGUGGUGUUCAGUGCCGAGCAUUGUCCUUCCAUGUGCACCGCUGAAAGCAACAAUAAGCUCACAGAAGAUUACAACCAAACCACACAGGGCUCAGCACAAACACAGAAGGUGGACGUGUCUGAGUUGAACCCCCCACAAAGCGGUCCAGUUAUAGCACAACCCACCAAAAGUAAUGUUGCACAAAAGAGAGCGCCUGUCAAGAAGGAGGACGAGGAGGAUCGUGACGCUAUACAGGAUGUCGCAUCAACUUUUCAGGAUGAUCCCUCUGAUGUAGACUACAUACCACAUGCACCAAUCAAAUCUGUCAACACUCCCAUUUUUACCAGUUCUCGUGGUAGACGAAUUAGGAAACCUCCUCAACGGAACUUCCCUCCUGACAAUGACCCAGCUGAUGAAGGUAUAAAAAGUGAAACUAAGAAGAUCAUACCAGGCCAGGAGGUUGAAUCUGAGGAGGUCGAUGAAGAAGACACGACCACUGAGCCGCAUUCGGACGGCGCUCAGCUCGUGGGAGAUGCACGCAAAGACACAGAGGAGAACGCAAUCCACAGCACCGCGAUCGGGAGCCGAUCCGAGUCGAAGCCUUACAGCUCUGUGACUCACAAAUGCGAGCACUGUGGGAAGAAAUUCACGCACACUGGCAAUUUCAAGAGACACAUGCGCAUUCACACGGGAGAGAAACCCUUCACCUGCCGAGACUGCAACAAGGCUUUCUCUGAUGCGGCGGCUUGUAAAGCUCAUGAGAAAACACACAGUCCCCUGAAGCCAUACUGCUGCUUGAUCUGCGGAAAGAGCUACCGUCAGAUCAGCCUGCUCAACCUGCACCGCAAGCGACACACUGGCGAGGCCCGCUACAGCUGCGAGUCAUGCGACAAGCUCUUCACCACGUCGGGGAACCUGAAGCGCCAUCGGCUGGUCCACAGCGGCUUGAAGCCGUACCGCUGCGAAUACUGUGACAAGGCUUUCUCGGACCCCACCGCCAAGAUGCGACACUUAGAGACGCACGACGCCAACAAGGCCAACAAGUGUCCGCACUGUGACAAACGCUUCAAUCAGCCUGGAAAUCUGAAGGCCCACUUAAAAAUCCAUAUCGCAGACGGACCCUUGAAGUGCAGAGAAUGCGGCAAACAAUUCACCACCUCAGGAAAUCUGAAGCGUCACUCCCGGGUCCACAGCGGAGAGAAACCAUAUGUCUGUUCGCACUGCCAAAGAGCGUUCAGUGAUCCCGGAGCUCUGCAGCGGCAUGAACGCAUCCAUACAGGAGAGAAACCUUGCGUGUGUCACACUUGUGGCAAAGCCUUCACCCAGGCCAGCUCCCUCAUUGCGCACGUCCGCCAGCACACCGGAGAGAAACCCUACGUGUGUGAUCGCUGUGGUAAAAGGUUUGUGCAGUCCAGUCAACUGGCCAAUCACAUACGUCACCAUGACAACGUGCGGCCUCACCAGUGUCAAAUGUGUGACAAGUCAUUUGUCAACGUGGGUGACCUUUCCAAGCACAUCAUCGUUCACACAGGAGAGAAGCCUUUCCUGUGUGACAAAUGCGGCAGGGGUUUUAACCGCGUCGACAAUCUACGCUCUCACAUCAAGACCGUCCACCACGGAAAUGCCGGCAUAAAGCGGAGAAGGCCCGGCGCCGGCAGCGACUCGGACGUGGAGAAUGACGGCUGCGUCGAGGCAUCCACCUCGAACGGCGAGAUCAACAUCGUAACUGUCACCGAUGACAUUGUUACCCUUGCAACUGAAGCCCUGGCGGCCAGCGCUGUGGCUCAGCUAACAGUGUUACCAGUGGAUGCGUCCGUGUGUGCUGAUGCAACCGAAGCUUUGAAAGCUGAAAUUACCAAAGCAGUAGAGAAAGUGCAGGAAGCAGACCCCAACACGGAGAUACUUUACGCCUGCGAUUCCUGCGGUGAUAAAUUCCUAGAUGCUAGUUCGCUAGCUCAGCAUGUACGCAUUCACACAGCCCAGGCCUUGGUCAUGUUUCAAGCAGACUCGGACUUCUACCAUUAUACGGCGGUCAGCAGCGCUGUGGGGGACAGCGCCGCAACAUGGCAACCUGUAGCCGAACAGGUGAUCCAGGAAGGUGAGCUCAUAUUCCGUGGCCAAGUCGGAGAAGUCAGUGCAGAAGAGGGGACCAUAGAGAAGGUACAAGGGGAAGGAGGGCUUAUUGAUGGGAAGAAUGGGGAGGAUGGACAGCUUGAAGUGGUGGCUGAGCUUCAGACAGAUCGAAAAGCUGACGGAGAGCUCAUAGUGUGUGAGGUUCAGGUGUAAUCUUACAUCUUACAUUCCCUAUAUAGGGAAAAUAAAUUAUUUUGUUCAUUUGACACAUCAUGGAGAAGAGUAUUGUUAGCAAGCCUGUCUUAUUAGGGAAAAAAAAGAAAACUGACUGAAAAAUGGAGAUGACCUCCAAGAUGUUGGUCGUUGUGGGAGUAUCCGCUAAAUGCACUGAAAACACACCCAUUUUACAGCAAAUAGGUCCCCACAGUACAGUAUGUGCUGAGAUGUCUCUAGUCUACUGCAGGCUGAAUAACUUGUACUCUUUUUAAUAAUUCACUUUCCCUAGUGUUUCUCUUACGUGGGGACUCAGCAACACUGAGGGAGGCACUGUCAUAUUAGACAACCCCACUGCCAUUCUAGCUAGCUUGUUAACUCGUUAGCUUGUGGGCCUAUAGACAUCGUGCACCUAUGUCAUAAAAUCAUUGCCAUAUUGCCGGUCAAACAAAGCAUUAUUGAAAGUUAAUUCCGUUGAGACGAAACGAAAAUGUCUUAUCACACGACCCCCAGAGUUUUGUCCGAUACGUUAAAACAUUUAUAAGGUGAUAAUAAACAAAGGUACAUGUUAAAAUAAGAGACAUUUGGCAUAGAGGAUCCGUAUGUAAUGCCGAUCACGGUUUAUUAUUUUUUUUAAAUACACAUUGUUCUCAAAUGAGUCAACUUGGCAUUACAAAUACUUCUUAAUAAUUUGAGAUUGAGAAGAGUAAUUCCUAUCUGAAAUGAAAUGAUUGCUACACAGGUGUAUGUAUUUCAUUGGGCACCAUUCAUCCCGUUUAAUUGCUGAAAACCAUCGAUCUUUUCUGGUCUUUUCAGUUGGUAUUCUAUAGAAUGAUGUCUUUUAAGAACUGUCUCAUCUAUUGUGACAACCAACAGCACAACAAGUGUCAGCUAAUUUGAAAAAUCUGCUCCAGUUCAACAACUCACGCACUGCCGAGCAGCUUUGUUUGACCGGCAAUAUGGUGCCGUGAAAACGGUGACAUCACAUGCACGAUCUUUAUAGUUAAGUUUCUCCAAAAGGUUUCUAUUAUGUGGAUCUGGCCCCAGGAGAGGCUGUGAAAUAUUGGACGAACCCAAUUCUGGUCCGCGGACUAGUAACUGCUAGAUCAGCAGUGGAAACGUCUAAUUGGCCAUUGCCUUACUCCGUGCUCCGCACAUGGCAUAACACUUGAGGGAAGAUCCUUUUUUUCAGUUUGUAGACAUUUUUUGAUGGCUAAAAAAACACUUUAGUGAUAGAAAUCGGCCAAGUUAUCACUCCGAAUUAACUGGCGAAUGCGCAGAAUGGCCUCUGAUGCAAUGACGGCACUUGGUACUUAUAGGACUCGUAUAGAGAAGCAGGGCCAACUCAUACCAGAAAGCCCAAGUGCGUACUCUGCCUUGUUUUUAAUGAGUAAAUAGCUGAAAGAGUCUAAUGCUAAAUCUCCGCAAUUCAGUAAUAAAUAUUUCUUUUCAUGUUUUCAGCACCUCAAACAUAUUCAAUGGAUUCAAAAACAGAUGACUUCACAGGGUCUUUAAAACUUUACACAGUUCAAAAGAUACCUUUCAAAGUUUCCCACUGGGUGCAACACUUUAAGAAGGAAAGGUAGACAUUAAGGCAGCGUUAGUUAUGAAGUGUAUAUCAUUCCAACAUUGUACUAAGCAUAAUCAGUUUAUUUUUGUAUUGUAAUGAUGGAUAGUGCAUUGUCCAUUGCAAAAAACAAGAAAAGUAUGUAUUGGUUUUUCCUUUGAUACUGAGUUUGGGUAUUUUAUUAAAGUACAGAAUAUUGUACGGAUUAAGUAUUUUCCUAUAUUUCUUAUUAGUAUAGAAUAUUUAUUUUGUCCUCUUAUGUGGCGAUUCAACAUCACAACUUUAAUAUUUUACGCUUCUUGGACAAUUUAAAGUUUGCAUUGUCAAAGUCUGUAAUGUUACUGCAUUGGGGUGAAAAUUUGAUCCAUUAAAAAAAAAAAAAUCCGCCCAUUGUGUUACUUUUCUUGUCAUCUUUCAUUUCACCCCAUGAUUGAAGUCUGAAUGAACGGCUACUACUUUGUGGCGUGCCUUUUAAAUAAUGAUGGCCAUAUUCCUAUUGGAAAGAUAUCACUGUCUGUUAUCCUCAAAAGUUGAAUAAACAUAAUGUGUAUGGCGAGUGAUGGUGCUCCUGGAUACUGGUAGCUUCUUUCUUCUCCACAUUUGACAGUUGCCCCAGCAAGUCCUUUUUCAGCAUCCUUCCCAAAUUCUUUGGCUCUG